AUGGAUUCAAUUAACUUCAGCAUCAAAGUGCCACUACUGGAGAAGGCGGCCACAAACGUGAAGGACAUUAUCUCCCACAUCAGACUGAACGAUGGAGUGUACUUCGAUCGAAGCAAAUACAACAAGGAAGAUAUUAUGAACGACCUAAGAAGUAACAAUGUGCAGAAGAAAGUAGAAAGUGUUAAACAUCUUCUCAUCGCCCACGCUAUGAAGGAAGAUGUGUCUGAAUUCUACGUUGAGGUUUCCAAUAAUUUAUCAAAUAAAAAUCGUAUACUAAAGAAGCUCAUCUAUAAUUACUUGUCUCUCUAUUCUGAUCGGAAUUCUGAAUUGAACAUGCUCACUGUGAAUUGUUUUAAGAAGGAUAUUGAGAGUAAGGAUUUUCAAAUCCGAGCGUAUGCCUUGAGGGCCAUGUGCUCCUGUCGGUCACUGGAGAUGAUAACUGUUCUCAUGGACUCACUUAAAAUAAUGGCAAAGGAUAAAUCUCCUUACGUUAGAAAAACUGCCGCCGAUGUUAUUCCUUCUAUAUAUAAUAUCGAUCCAGAUCAAUUGGUUUUUUUACGAAACAUUUUACUUGAUCACAUUAGUGACAGGGAGGUUACUGUCGUUUCCGCCGCUGUGGCUUCCUUCUACACCAUGUGUUUGGUGGUCCCUCCCCAUUGGGGUGAAACCACUGAGGAUGAGUUGGCGCCUGAUCCAGGGGGAGUUACAGAAGGAAAAAAAAUUCAUCAGGAGAGGAUAGCCAAGAAUAACAGUAUUAAUGACAUAACAUCUGCCAAGGAAGGAAAUAAUCAAAGACAGAUUCAUCGACAGAAUCUUCACAAAUGGCUGUCCCUUCUUCAUCCUCACUAUUACAAGCUUUGCAAUUACCUUCUCAUCAUGCACCCCUUCCACCAGACCUACCUAAUUGACUUACUCCUUCGAUAUUGCAGGAUAUUUUACCGAGACCCCCUCACAAAUGAAGAUAUAAACUUUAAGCAACUGCUUCAUUUGUUCAGUUGCUCGGAUGGUGGUGACACGGAGGAGGGAAAGAAAUUGAACAAUCGUCUUGGGGAGGAUUCGGAUUCUCCUACUGUAGAGUGCACUUCUCGCGGGAUAAGCCCAUCCCCAUACCACUCCUACUACCGAACGGAGGAUGAGUGGAAUGACGAGUGGAAUGACGAGUGGAAUGACGAGUGGAAUGACGAGAAUGAGCAGGAAAAGUACUCAGUCGACGUGGAGCUGUACAUUGAGAAGUUGCUUCUCCUGUUAUCCUCCUGUAGUUACAACGUAAUCAUACAAUCCAUUUCAUCUCUGUACCAUCUGACAAAAUUUACCUUCAAGCAAAAUAUCAUACAGGCCAUUAUCGCGUGCAUCAUGAAAAGUUCAAUGGAGGGGGAUGACCACAUGUAUGCUCUCUUUAUUAAAAGCGUACAGUCCAUAAUAAUUUCCUUGAGGCAAGACUUCGCGCCUUAUCUCUCCUUCUUCUAUAUUAGCUCCAUAGAUAGUCCCAUCAAAAAAAAAAUAAAAAUAGAUAUGCUCUAUAUACUAAGUAAUGACAAUAACAGGCCAAUCGUUUUGGAGGAGCUUCUCCAUGCUCUGUUUCAACCGGGAAACGACGAUUUUAUUGUAAAGAAACUUUUCAGACACAUAACUACAGUGGCUGUGAUGGAUUCAUCCUGUCUCUCCAUAGUAAUGCAGUACAUCAUUUCAUUGCUAAACUGCAGUCAUAAGUUGUAUUCCUAUGAAGCCAUUCUCUCGUUAAGGAAGUUACUGAGACAGAGUGACCCAGAGCGUAUCAGCCAAAUAAUUUUUUUCUUGACUCGAAUUUUUUUUACUAUUGAAAUGUCAGAUGUUCAAGCGUCUAUGUUGUGGACCCUGGCUAAGUAUCAGAAUUUCACGGACCAUCUGCUUCUUUUCGAUUUUGCCCGUAUGCUGGUGAAACGCUUUGAACAUAUGGAGGGGGCCCUCAUGGUCCAAGUCCUGCACUUCGUCCUCAAGGUGUGGGCCUACCAGUACGCCAGUUGCUUCGUCCACGGGGAUGAUACGCAAAAUGGUGAAGGGGAAAAUGAUGGAGGGGAAAAUGUUGGAGGGGGAAAUGAUGGAGGGGAAAAUGUUGGAGGGGGAAAUGAUGGAGGGGGAAAUGAUGGAGGGGAAAAUGAUGAAGGGAAAACAGGUGAAGGGAAAACAGGUGAAGGGAAAACAGGUGAAGGGAAAACAGGUGAAGGGAAAAACGGUGAAGGGAAAAACGGUGAAAGGAGAAACGGUGAAAGGAAAAACGGUGAAAGGAAGAUAUGGGAGAGACCCACUACAACCACGAGCGUCUACCAGGAGCAGCACAGAAAACUCACAGACGGAACGGACAACCACGUGAGGCAUCACUUGGAGGACUUUGCCAAUUACGAGCGUUUAUGUAAGCUCAUCCUUCUGCAGGGCUCGCGCCCUGAGGAACGUUUCGACAUCCAAGAGAUGAGCAAAUUUUACGCCAACGUUAUGCUGAGGAUAAGGGAGCUAGGAGACCAAGGUGAUCUCAAGAGAACUUUCUGGCAGAGGGACCUUUACAAAGAACCACUAAACGAGUACACUCUUCCUCUAUGCUACUUGAAGCACGUUCUUCUCACCACCGGCAAUGGAGAUCCUUCAGAGGUGCUCCAUCUCAGUAAGGAAGAGAUGCAGAAUGUGCGCAACUCUCCCUUUGGGAUGGCGCAGGGUGAGCAGUACGAUAAUUACGGAGACUACAACUUCGACUUGAAUAACAACUGCAAUGCUAAUGUAAUUGAUGACUUUGGAGAUGGAGACGCGCAAAUUGACCUGAAGAACUCAACUGUCCUGCAACUGAAUACCAUCUCUAGCAUCAUCAACAGAAAACUUCCAUCCUACGUGGAGUUGCCCGAAUUUGCGGAGGAAGAUUUGCCGAAAAGCGCACACAUAAUAAACAGGAAAAAAACGAAUCAGCCUGUAACGAGUAUCUCUUCGAGGGAUGUACACAUAACCUACAGUCCUCACUUUAGCAAUGGUCAGAUUUUUUCCGAUGUGGAUGAUUUUUACAGGGAGGAAGAGGGAAAUCUGAUUAACAGACAGAUGGAUUGCACAUAUAAUAUAUUACAGAAUGCACACAAACCGAUCCUGCAACCUGCGAAUGGACUGCUAACCAAAAGGGGAACGAGAAUUCAGGGCGAGGACGACGAGUCUGAUGACGAGCAGAAUGAUGCUCCCUUGAAAGUAAACGAUAAUGGUGCAGGUACAUACCUAGGAGACUGCAUCUCCGCCACCCAUUUUUCCAAAAUAGAUGAACAGCAAAUAAAUGACAUAGAAAAGUUCUUCUUCAGUGAUGGGGAAGAUUUUGAACGGGUCGAAUAA